AUGGAAAAGGGUUGCACACACGAGGGCGUACCUCAAAAGGGAGACGGGUGUCAUGAGUGUUGUAAAAAACCAAUUUCACACUUCCAAAGAAAAGGAGUUACCAACCAGCCUCUCCAAAAGGAGAAGGAUUGCACACACGAGGGCGUACCUCCAAACGGAGACGGGUGUCGC